AUGGCAAACCAGCGCUCCCCGGCCACGAAGCCGACCAAAGAGGAUCGUGGCAAGAGAGAGCCAGAUGACGACGAGGACGACGACGAUGACAGCGAUGGAGAUGGGCCGGUCUCGUUAAUGAGCUUGAUGGACGCGGCGCAGAGAGCUCAAGAUCGAGAGGCCAAUAAAUUGUUCGACUUCAGCGACGAAGAUGACGAAGAUGACGCAGAUGACGCAGAUGACGCAGAUGCUGGUGGCGGUCAGUCGAACACGGCCGAGGAGCCCACAAGCGCCCCUCAGCCAACAAUGACAGAAGACGUCGCUGCCAGCAAACGCAACUCAGACAUGCCCGCACUCGGAGAGGGCCAGGCAGAGAUCGUCGAGAAGAAGAAGAAGAAGGUCACUUUUGCCGACAAAGCUAUCAAUGAUGUAACUGCCAACGAUGAUAGCGAUGCUUCGUCUAGCAGCCUGAAUAACCCUGACGCAAAGAAAAGGCCCAAGAUGGUUCUCCAUUUGAGCAUCAGUAACGGAGAACGUAUGCCCGAGAAGAGAGAGGAGCCUAUAAACGCUGAUGACGCUCGAGACAUACCAAGUGAAGACCCUCGAUGGCCACCAGUCAUUAAGGAUGUUCUGAACCUUAUGGCUUUGGACGAUGCCCAAAUUAGCAGGGGCAUUCGGCGUGCUUAUCAGCACCAACAUGUUGGCACCACAGCAGCAGAACGAAUGUCAGUGAUGCCACCGGGCCAGAAUGAUCGAUAUGAUAUUCAUGAGAAAUAUUUCGUCUUCACGCAUGAAUACAUGCACAGGCACCAUCGAGGAUCGAAGAGAUUCCGUGUGAGACUUCAUCAUCUGAGUGGCACUCAAGUCAUGAUGAUGGCCAAAUACGAAUAUUCGGUUGGGGCGCCGACGUACUUCACCGAUGAGGACAUCUUGAUCAAGGACAUUAUUGCCUUCCCGAAUAUCGAUUUAUCAGAAAAUGUCGAGUCGAAAGAUGGUGUCAAGCUGCUCAGAUUAAGUCCAGAGCAAAUCGUCGAGAUUGACGAUAGCUUGUACUACAUGGGUCCCGAGAGACGCAAGUCCUUGUCAGUGGCCGACAUCAACGAAGCACAUAGUGCAAUGGUUAGUUUGGUCCGAAAAGGCUUGCCUAACGACGUAAGAGACAAUAUCAUCAAGAAUAUUCGAGCAUGCAACCCACAAGACACAGUCUCGGCUACAACAGCUUGGAAGGGGUGGAAGAAGAUGUGGAUAGGAAAGGAAAUGGUUGCUUUAACCCUCAUCCAAUAUGAAAUUAUCCGGUGCUUCUCAUUCGGUCACGAGCCCCCAAUUGUCAAGGACGCCAUCAAACGCUUCAACCUAGAAUUCUAUCGCCAAUGCCAGUUCUUCUUCUCCGAUUUGAUGCCUAUCGACCUCACAGCCUACGGUGGCCACGGAACCGCGCACAACAACGAGCUGGUUACUCUCCCAGCCCGAGCAACGAAGCUUGACAAGUUUAUGAAUGCAGAGAAGAACGGUCAAUCAUCAUUGACGAGCAGCCCCAACAACGGCGGCGGAAAUAACAAGGAUGGUGAUGACGCUGACGACGAGGGGCAGACUAUGGUUGAUAAUGCCCUGCCGAGCUCAAAGACGACCACCGUCAAGAAGCAAGUCGUAGAGGGCACACUUCAUGGUCAUAAUUGUGACGGAUACGCCGCCAUCAAUGACAAGAUCGACAACCGCUUUGGACGAUUCGAGGAGAUGCUCAAGAACCAGCGCAGCAUGCCCGGCAAUCAGCUGCCCGACGAUGAGGAUCAGGGCCGUGAAGAUCGCCGUCGUAUCGCCCAACUUGAGGCCCAGCUCGAAGUUGCCAACAAGAGCCAUGAGGCACAGCUCGAAGCUGCCAACAAGAACCAUGAGGCACAGCUCGAAGCUGCCAACAAGAAUCAUAUGGCGCAGCUCGAAACUGUCAACAAGAAUCUCGAGGACGAGCGAAAACGAGCAGAAAUUGGUGAAAGGGAGAGAAAUAAGCUCAAGACAGAACUCGCCAACGAGCGUCAACAGUCGAACAGAUACUACCGAAUUGAUAAGAGAUAUCUCAAGACUGCAUCUGCCGGAAUCGCCGCUUUAGUCACCUGGAAGUACACCCCUAUGAUUGCAAGAGCCGGUGCACGAUGGUCGGCGCCCAGAUUGGAGCGUUUAGGCCAGUGGCUGGCAGAGACGGCCGUUGAUGGUGUCGACCACCAAAACGUCGACGCCUAG